AUGUACCAAUUCUGUCCGAUCCCCAACAAGGGGCACGGCAUCGUUGCCACAGCUUCCAUUGCCAAAGGUGCCCGCAUCUUGAACGAGGCUCCGUUGCUCGUUUUCGACAGGCUUCUCCCCGUGCUGCACAAGGGACCGCCGUAUGACGAAGACCUGAUGAGCGAAGUGCUCGAAAAAGCAGUCCAUCUCAACGACGACGAGCGUGCUACCUUGGGCGCCCUGGAAACUGUAUACCACGGCACGACCCCGGCUGAACAGCUGGUCGGCAUCCUCUGCACGGUGGGCAUUGUCAUGGGGAUGAGCGGCGACAACGAUGCCCAGGUCGGCUACUUCCCGCAUGCGUCGUUUCUCAACCACGACUGCCGGCCAAACGCGUUCUGGAGCUGGAACGCGUCGACGGGGCGUCUGCGGGUCCACGCCCUGGCCCGCGGCGAGAUCCUGCGGGGCGACUUUCGCUUCAUCUGCGACUGCAAGACGUGCCAGCUGCCCCUGAUGGAGAUGGCGGCGCUCAACGCGCUCGUGCAGCGGAGCAUUCACCUCACCAACGGCAUCACAACGCGCAUGCGCAACGGCGCCGACGUCCAGCUGCCGCAUCGGGUGCUGAAGCUGAUCCGCACGCUCGUUGUCCUCAAGAAGGACCCCGACAUGCCCAUUGUCGGCCAGGAGCUCGGAAGCGUCUACCUCGCGGGCGCCAACGUGUGCCUCCGCAACGGCGACUACGAGCGCGGCUGUGCGUUUCUGCGCGCCGUCAUGAAGGAGCUGGAGGUCACCGGCGGCAAGGACGAUCCGUCCAUUGCCCACUACAAGGCCGUCAUCGAGAACCCGGCGAUUGAGCCGACCUACGGCGAGACCAGCCUGUGGAUCGAGCCGGUGCCGGCCGACGCGCCCAGGCCCGUCCGGCGGGGCCGCAUUUGGAACCGGGACUUCCGCGCCUUUGAAAACUGGGUGUGGGCCCGCGCCGAGUGGGUGCCGCCCCUGUGCGCGCGCGCCCGGUUUCUUCCCCUGAUGCGGCUCCCCGUGAACAACACGGUCAACUACGUCUUCCACGACGGCGAGGACGCCAGCCUCAUGCCCAUCUUCCAUCGCCACUGGGCCUAUGCGGGCGAGAUUGUCCGCGUCGUCCCUGCGCCGGUGUGGACCAUUUACACGCGCGACGACGACGGCCAGGAGGCUGCCUUUUGCGUGGUCCCGGACAAGGAGGGCCAGUUUGUCGACACGCGUCUGUACCUGCCCGGGCGAACCUUUAUCGCCAUGUACGAGACCUGGUCCGGCGAUGAAUACCGCGAGCUGACUCUGAAGCACAAGGUGCCGGUCAGCGCUACCAAGACUGUGAAAAUGACCCUCUCGUCCUUCUUCCAAUUCGUCGACAGCUUCAACGCCGCCUGGCCAUCGGGCAACAAGGGCCCCACACUCUGCGAGGUGUGCCGUCAACAGAUUGAGAGCUACGAGUAUCUGAAGAAAGGCUGCCUCCGGUGCUACUCGGCCUUUUACUGCAGCCAGGACUGCCUCCGCGCCGGCCGGUCCCAGGGCGUCCACGAGACCAAGUGCAUCUUUCUGCAGGACUACGACAUCAAGUGCCUGCUGCACGCCGACUGGACCUGUUUUGUGCGGCCCAUUUCCUUUCCCGUGCCGCAUCCCGUGUAG